CUUCUUCUUCUCCUUCUUCUUCUUCUUCUUCUUCUUCUUCUCCGUCUUCAUGAGUAUUUUUGACUGAUUGAGACAGAUCAUUUCUGCAUUUCCCUCAUGGUAACCAACACCGAGCAGCUGGAGACAUGUGGAAUAAUCUGGGGAAAGUGCAGCGCGUCUCUCUAGUGUGUCUCCUCCUGACGCUGUGGGCUGAGGUGUCUCAGUCCACCGGGUACUUCGAGCUGCAGCUGAUUUCGGUGGAUAACCCCAGUGGUCAGCUCCUGAACGGCGACUGCUGCGACGCGGAGAAGAGCGCGGCGGAGGGCCACUGCGGCGCGGACGAGUGCGACACCUACUUCAGAGUGUGCUUAAAGGAAUAUCAAAGUGAGGUCACGACCAACGGGCUGUGCACCUACGGCUCGGAAACUACUAAAGUUAUCGGUGGGAAUACUUUUCAGUUCAAGGGCGGCCAGAAAAGCGCGCAGAGCCGGAGCAACGACGCCGGGAAGAUCGUCAUCCCCUUCCAGUUCGCGUGGCCGACUGUGCAGAGGAGAGAGGAGGGGGCGAGGGGCCCAGUGUCUGAAGGGGUGAGGGGGUGA